CGGACAUGCUUGAGGGGCCCAAGACUGUAGCAGACCCCACAAUGCUUACAUCCCCUAUUUCUGCAGUACCCACAGCCCUCACUCUUGUGGGUCUUGGUCCGUCUCUUAUUGAGGUGGCUCCAACCUUUCGAUUUAAGGUUGGUAGCAGUUUUGCCACCAUUCCUAACCCUGUGAGUAAGGCUGCUAUCUUCUUUACUCGAUUCAAUCAUGUUGAGACCAAUGACCUCGACCCUUCGGACUUAUGGGGUGUUGGAUCUCUUUAUGUUGAUUUUCAUGGCUUUCGAGUACCUGAGGAGUGUAUCACCCAUUUGGAGGCAGUCUAUAGCAAUUGUGGAGAUUUCAUGCAGGGAUUCCUUCUCGGUCGUUCUACGAGGGAGCACUUCCUCAAGCUGUUAGGGAGUUUGAUGAACAACAUCGAGCAUAACUUUAUCGACACCAUUUCUGCGGAGAGGAUCUUGCAGUGGAGGGUUACAGUUCAAGAGUUGAUCAGAAUUGGAUUCGUUGUAAAGUUUUUGCUGGACCACUUGUGAGAGAUUACUCGGGCCUUCUUCAUGAAGAAGGUCUAGCUUGCUGUGGAUGCCAUUGAUGCUCACAUUGAGAGCUUGAAGAAGGAGGUGGCAGACUUAGAGGCACGUCGUGAGCGUCUUCUUUUUGGUGCUACUGGCUCUAGCCACUUUGAGGAUCAGACCCUUAUUUCAGGCCUUUGAUUAGACACUAAUUCCUUAAGUUGCUUUAUUUCCUUCCCUUGUGUUUACUUCUUUCCCCCCUUUCUCUACAUAGUACACUUUAUUUCUCUAGCACUUAUUUUGAUAAGUCUGAUAUGACUUAUACAU